AUGUCUGGUUUUCCGCUCUCUGCCUGUACAACGAAUGGAAAUCCACGACUCUUCGGUUCCAUUUUCGGACCGAACACUUUUAAACUGCUCAAACUACCCGACGUGGCGCUGAUGUCCUGUUUGAGAAUGUUUUCAUUCCAAGAAAUGUACGUUUUUCGAUUUUAUUUUCUAUUGGGCGAAAACUAACAACUUUUUUCAUGUUUAUCGGUAAAAAAAUGAGCAAUUUCACACAUUUCGAACCUAAAUUGAGCAAUGAGCAAACAGCGAAAAAUACUGAAAUUUGCUUUAAUUUUAGCGAAUUUUGCUCGUUUUUUGGCCUAUAGGCUUUCUUAUAAAAAGUGGUGAAAAGUUAAUAUUCUGUUCGAAUAACUAGGCCACGCCUCUUUUUCUCAGAUCGGCAUUCGCAUUGUGUUCGGAAAAAUGCAAUGAAUUGGCGAGAUCGGCGGCCCGAAAACCGUACGAAUUUCUCGCGCACUUCGUCAGAGAAUGCAGAGUCGCUGCGAAUUAUUUGGAAACAGAGAAAGAAAUGGAAAAUGACGAUGAAAACGAAGCGGAUAUCAAUCAAGUGAACUGCUUGCUAAUGAGCAAACGAAACCACGGAAUAAUCGGGUUUGUUGGUUUUAUAGUGAUACGGAGCUUGAACGUUAAUUCUUAUGCUGUCACUUUUCUUAGCUUUUUCGCAAUGUAACGAUGUGUAGCACACUUGUAUUUCAUUUCAGUUGGGAAAAUCGAGGAGCAAAACUGUUGGAAACUGUGGAUCGACUCGCAAAAGUGUUCAAGACGCCGAUUCAUUACAUUACGAUCAACCUCGAAUAUUUCGGCGAUUUGCUUCCCAGUCUAUUCGCAUGGAUUGACAGCCAAGAAGUGAAAUUGGAAAAUUGGAAAGUGUACGGAAAGGCCGACGAACAGACGGCCCGAUUCGUACUCGAAAACUGCAGAGCCACGAAGUGUAUCUCUAUUUCAUUCAAAAUGAAACCGAAAAUCGGUAACUUCCGUCCUAGCCUCAAAUUGCGAAGCGACCAAGUGCGCAUAGACCAUUCCUAUUGGGUAUCUGUCGAGAAUCUAUUCGAGAUGGAUUGCGCUUUUAUUAAUCUCCAACGCUCCAGUCUCAAUGAGGGCCAUCUGAAUACUUUCCUCAAAUCUUGGUUGGACGGUUCGAAUCAUCGACUCGAAUCUCUGAUGGUUAUACGGAAGAGAAGAUUCAUUCUAAAUGCUAUCAUCUUAGGAUUGAAUGUUACCAGAAUUGCGUAUCGGUACCACCGAAAAUACUAUUUGUAAGUUGCUCGUUUUUCGUCGCCUCUGCAUUCAUGAGUACAUCAUGACAAAAAUAAUAGCGAUAGCAUUUUCAAAUGUGUAUAGAAUGAAAUGGAAAUGUUUGCAGAAAUUAUCUUUACAGAGCUGGUGGUUACCAAAAUGUGUUUGGCGGAUGGAAUUUGCAACGGAAAGACGGCGCGAUACUGACGAUCACAACCUUUUCAGUCGACAAUGACUACUUCUGCUCGUGCAUCCUUCUUCCCGAAUCAGUUCCCUCAACGUGUUUUGUCAUCAGAUCGGAACUUUUAGUCGAGUUCAAUUAA